AUGCACAAACCUACAGAUGCUCACUGGGUUGCGGUCAAAAGAAUUCUUCGUUAUCUAUGCCACACUCCAACAGAUGGUCUUUUCUUUACUGCUCAAAAUGAUAUCAGUGUGACAGGGUACUCUGUCGCAGAUUGGGCUGGGUGCCCACUUGAUCGAAAAUCCACUACUGGCUAUUGUGUGUAUCUUGGUCACCAUUUGAUCUCUUGGAAUCACAUAAACAGCGCACGGUUGCGUGAUCUUCCACAGAGGCUGAAUACAGAGCAGUUGCUGCUAUUGCUACUGAAAUUGUGUGGCUCCGUUGAUCAAACGGCUGACAUAUUCACAAAGGGGUUGUCUCGCCAACGGUUCUCUGCAUUACGUUCCAAGCUCACCCUUAGGUUACCUCGGCCUAGCUUGAGGGGGCGUGUUACAGGAAUAGCUAGUCCCACUCGAGAAGCUCCUAGCACAGCUGUCACGUAG